AUGGCACUCGUUCAGAUAUUCCUGGGUUGGGCCGUGUAUGCAGUUGUCGUAGGUAUCGUCCUUGCCGUGGUUUCUGUGUUUGUUCAUGUUUACCAAACUCCUCGGGAUCGUUAUCCAUCUGUAACCUUCACAUGUGUCAUUGCGAUAACCAGUCUUCUUGCGACGGUGCUCCUUCUGCCAGUGGAUGUGGCGCUUGUUUCAUCGACAAACUCGUCCAGACUUGGCCGACGGAAAGAUUGGGCCACGCAGGAUGAGGUUGACAAGAUCACCUACUCCUUGACAGUUGCCUACUAUCUCCUGUAUUCCCUGGAUGCAAUGUUUUGUCUCCUGGGGAUUCCAUUUGCAUAUUUUUGGUACGAGGAAUAUGACGAGGUUGCGACAGAAACAGGCCAGCAAACGUUUGGGCGGCGAUUUUGGGGCGCCCUCAAAUACACCAUGUUAUUGGUUGUCAUUGUGAUUAUCUUGUUCCUUGUUGGACUUUUUGUCCCAGUGUCAAGAAACAAGAAAGGCAUGGAUCUGGAUUAUUUCAAGAAAUUAUUGACUGAGAACCGUGGGGAACGUGCUUUUACUUUUGCCCUUGGGGUGCUGAUGACCAUCGGAAUUUGCCUCUAUGUCCCGUAUACCUCCUCGGGUCUUGCUCUCUUCCCAAUCAGCUUGAUCAAGACCGCGCCAUCAAUUUCCAACCCGCGCUUGCGAUCCAAUACGUCAGCACAGCUCGAGACAAAUCGUAAGCAGCAACGCCAGCUGGAAGGACGUUGCGGAGGAAACCCUGAUCUCCUAUCAUCCGAAGAUCGCAGAGAGCUCAAUACUCUUGCACAGGAGGAAAGGACGCUUAUUCAGCGACAACACCUGGUAGAAGAAGCCCAAGGCGAAGGUUCGAGCUGGUUGAUAAAGGCAUGGUUCAAGAUCGAGGCGGUUUUCCGUCCCUUCAAACUUCUGGGCGGCAUCUUACUGGUUUUGGUCGCGUUCGUUACAUGGGUGUCUAUGCUGUUGACUGCGGUUGACAAAGCAAAAAACUCCAUCUGCAAGAACCUUUGUGGAUAUAUCCUCGGACACGUCAGCUUCUUCAAUCCCUUCAAUUGGGCUCUUGUCCAAUCCGCGAACAUCUUCCCCGUUGACUAUGCUAUUUUCACCAUGCUUGUCCUUUUACUUUUCUGCAGUUCUGUUGCCGGGAUUGCUGCGGUGGGAAUCCGAUUCUUAUGGGUCAGAGUCUUCCAAAUCCGACAGCGGCACACGUCUCCCCAGGCUCUACUUUUAACAACCGAGAUGUUGAUGCUGAUUAUCUUGGCCUUAAAUUAUUCCAUUUCGAUGGUGGUUGCUCCACAGUACACAACAUUCGGCCCACAAACCUUCUGUGAUCGUACCCCUGGGCCACACUUGGGCCAGCCGGACUGUUCAAACAACAUACAUAUGAUUAAACCAUGCUCGGAAUUGGCAGACAAACCCGUCGCACAGCAAGUCUGCACGCCCAGUAUUGUCAGCACCUUCCUUAAUCGUGUCACUCUGAAUUUUCCUUUCUUCGGCGUCGUGUUCUUUUGGGCUCAGUUUCUCUUUCUCGGCUUCUACCUUGUCACUUUUCUCACAUCUCUAUUUCGCUUCCCGAAUUUGGGCGAGAGACAACUCGACGAAGAUGCAGAGGAGGCUGAGGAGGAAGGAUUAUUAGCAAGCACUGGCAGACGCUUUAAUGUCACCUGGCAGGACAUCACUGGUAGGGCCAGCCGGAGUGGACGCUCUGACAACUGA